UCAAUCUCAAUUCGCUUUGAAAGCUUUAACGCUUGAAACAAUCCACCACUUGACACCUUUUCGCCCCCUCCGUCCUACUCUCUCUCACUCAACACUCAGUUCUCCUACUCUUCUUCUCCCCCCCCCUAUUCACACGCAUUCUGUCACAAACAAGAAACAAACCACUCAUCUCUCGUCUGCUUGUCCCCCUGACUCUCUUUCUCUCUUUCACUUGCUUUUCGAAUAUGCGCGCCGUUUCAGACCCGGCUUUACCGUUAAGCCGCACGUGCACGCUCGUGCCUCGACAGUUUCUGCCGCAAAGCCCUCCGUCACCCCGAACUGGCCAGCCUCCUCCUCCUCCGCUCCGCAAAACGAAGAGCAUGCCUGCUGCAGCAGCUGCGUCCGCGGCCGCGGGAAGCACGGCGGCGAGCGGGCGAGUCAUCAUGACAGUCACGCCUGCGCCCACACCCACGCAGUCUUCGCUGCUCCUACCUGGCACGAUGCACACGCUGAGCGAAGAGCAGCUGGUCGCCCUCGAGGACUUGGUCAACCUGCCCGAGCUCGACGAAGGGUCCAUGCUCCAAACCCUCGCGGCUCGCUUCAAGCACGACAAGAUUUACACGUACGUCGGCUCCAUCCUCGUUGCCGUCAACCCCUUCCGCUUUCUGCCCAUCUACAACCCAAAGUACAUGCAAAUGUACAAGAACCGAAAGCUGGGCGAUCUCCCACCACACGUGUACGCCAUUGCGGACGACGCCUACCACAGCCUGCUGAAGAACAAGCAGAGUCAGUGCAUUGUGAUUAGCGGCGAGAGUGGCUCUGGCAAGACCGAGUCCACCAAGCUCAUCCUGCAGCACGUCACCUUCCUCAGCACCAAGGGCGGCAAUUCCAACGUGGAGAAUCAAAUCAUGGGUGCCGGCCCUUUGCUCGAGGCCUUUGGCAAUGCCAAAACCGUCCGCAACAACAACUCGAGUCGCUUUGGCAAGUUCAUCGAGCUCAAGUUUUCCCGAGCGGGCUCGGUCUCUGGCGGUCGCAUUGUCAAGUAUUUGCUCGAAAUGUCGCGCAUUGUCAGCCAAGCACCCAACGAGCGCAACUAUCACGUCUUUUACUACUUGCUUGCCGGCGCGCCCGCAGACGAGCGCAAGCUCUUGCGGCUAGCUGCCCCCGAAACAUUUGCCUACCUCAACCGAAGCAAGUGCUACACGUUGGACGAUGUGAAUGAGGUGGACGAGUAUCAUCGGCUGAAGCAAUCGAUGUCUGUUUUGAACUUUACCGACGACACUCAGCUGAACAUUUCCAAGUUGCUGGCUGCUGUGCUGCAUUUGGGCAACAUUCAGUUCAACUCGCCCGAGGGGUCAGACCAUGCCACUGUCGGCUCUCGUGAUGUCUUGGAUGUCGUGGCAGAGCUCUUGCAAGUGCAGCCCGCCGGCCUCAAUCAAGCGUUGACCUUCCGGACCACCAACACGCGCGGUGAAAAGUUUUUCACUCCGUACACGUUGCCCCAGGCCACAAGCUCGCGAGACGCACUCGCCAAAGCGCUCUACGGCAGCUUGUUUGAGUGGAUUGUGUCCGAGAUCAAUGGACAGAUUUUCAGCUCCAAGUCCACCUCCGAUGCCUUCCUGGGCAUCUUGGACAUUUUCGGAUUCGAAGACUUCCAGGUCAACUCGUUCGAACAAUUCUGCAUCAACUUUGCCAACGAACAGCUCCAGCAGUACUUUAAUCAGCACGUCUUCCGCCUCGAGCAGCGCGUGUACACCGAGGAGGGCAUUCCGUGGAGUGAUGUCCAGUUUGUCGACAACAUGGAUUGCUUGGAGCUCAUUUCAAAGCGUCCGACCGGCUUGUUGCCUUUGCUGGACGAGGAGACCAACUUUCCGCGUGCCACCGACUUUACCUUGCUGGAAAAGUACGACAAGCAGCACGCCAACCACACGCACUACGACAAGCCCACGCUCAAGCACACUUACUUUACGAUUGCGCACUAUGCUGGCCAUGUGCGCUACGAAAUUGAGGGCUUUUUGGAGAAGAAUCGCGAUUUGCUGCGUGCAGACAUUGUUUCUGUGCUUCGCACCACGUCCUCGGACUUUUUGCGCAACGUCACUGGUCUGCACACUGCGGGAAAGCGUCUGUGGGCUCUCGCGCGACACACUGUGCUGACGGCGUACUGGCUACGCCGCGUCUGCGCCGCAUCAAGUUCUGGCACAGUUCAGCCCCGUCGUGCCGUCGACCGCCAACGCAGCAAUCAGCUGCUGGAUUUCUCAGGCCUCCCACCGCCCGGCUCCCCGACUGCAACCAGCGCCCCUGCGCUGCUGUCACCGACCACCGCGAGCCCGUCCUCUGGUCAAGGCUGGGCGAAAGCCAUCAGCGCUGUGAAAGCAGGAGCGAUGCGACCCGACAUGUCCCCGUCUGCCAGUUUUACAGCGUCUCCUGGCCGGUACACCCAAGCCUCUCUUCCAAAGGGCUUCUCGCUUGCGACUGCAGCUGCGGUUAACAGUGCCACAGCCAACGGUACCCCACCGUCUCGCGCGACAAUGGUGGCCGGUGGCGGCAACGCUUCCAUGGCAGCGCUCAACAUGAACCUGUCUGACGAGUCUGGCCCCCGUCGUGGAUCAUUCACACUCAGGUUCAACACGAUGCGUCCCAAGCCAGGCGUCUCGGGUGCCAUCAACCGUGGUGCCACCUCCCGUUCGCUCACGGUCGGCGGGCAGUUUGAAGCCUCUCUGACUGAUUUGCUGCAGACCUUGUCGUCGGCCAACCCUUACUUUGUUCGAUGCAUCAAGUCCAACUCGGACAAGAAGCCGCUCGUGUUUGACAGCGAAUUCGUGUUGCGCCAGCUGCGCUACUCUGGCGUGCUCGAAACCAUCCGCAUCCGUCGUGCAGGCUACUCGUUCCGAUACACGUUCGCCGAAUUCUUUACACGCUUCCACGUGCUGAUGACGAAAAUCCAGAUCAAGCGUCCCGAUACGCGGGUUGCCAUCUACGAAUUCUUGACGAGCACGGUUCCGACGCAGUAUCAGGCCCUGCAUCUCCAGCAGCUGCUCAGCAUGCAGGACGAGCCGGGGCAGCUUUCGCCGCCUCGGAUGCGCGCAUCGAACAGUUCAACGGCAUUGAACACGAUUGGAUCAGCGCCCUCGUCUCCAGCCACCAAUGCACCCGUUUCGCGAAAGGCUGCCGCCCUCCUCGGUCUGCCCUCUUCUGAGCUUUCCGGCUCUUCCACCAACCUCAACAAGGCGUUGUCCACCAGCACAGGCUCGCUCUCGCCCUCCAUUGCCUCGGCGAACGUUGCCAAGGCGUCGAAUCGCAUCAGCAUGCUCCUGCCAAAGUCUGUCUCCAUUGACGAGCUCACUCAGUUUGGCACGUCGUCGUCCGAGCCGGUUGGUCCGCUCUUCCAAGUGGGUAGCUCCAAGGUCUUCCUGAAGGAAAACCACCAUGUGAUUUUGCAGCGCAUGGUUGGACUGCGCCUCGAUCAAGUGGUGCGCGACAUUCAGCGUUGGUACUUUGCUGCUGUCUUCCGGCGCGCCUUCCUGCAAAAGCGCAAAGCUGCCGUCCUCUUUCAGCGGCUGUGGCGUGGACGGCUGGCGCGGGUGCGCGUUUACAAGCUGCGAGUUCGAACCCAAGCCACCAUCCACAUCCAGACCUGGUGGCGCGCAUACCGUGCGCGCUCCCGAUACGCGGCGACUCGCCGCAAUGUGGUCUCCGUGCAAACCAUUGUGCGUGGCUACAUUGCGCGCAAAAACUUUCGCAAUUUGCUGCGCAAUCUGAACGGCCAGAAGGAGAGCGACGCUGCCAUCUCUGCGUUUGACUUUUUGGAUGUGCUGGACGAACCUGCUGACGACGGUUCUGACGACACUGUUUCGCCUCUGAGCGCUUCGUCACCCGCCGCUGCGACUCACACAAAGCCUGCACUGCACCCAGUGUCGGUGUUGAGCAGCGAAAGUGGCGUUUCCUUGGGGCGAUCGCCGUCCGCCUUGACAUCAAAGCCGGGCGACCGCUCUUCGCGUGUUUUGAUACCAAACCCAUUGAUGCUGAUCAAGUCCGAGGCCAGCUCGACCGCCUCAUUUGAGAAUGUGACGGUGGUGACUGCGUCCUCCGUCGCUGCUGUUAACACUGCGCAACUGAUUCGUUCCCCGACGUCACCCCAAGCGAUGCGCGCCCGUGCUCCCACGCAAAUUGCACGCCUGACAACCGUGACUACCAGCAACGCAAGCACUGCGGUCAAGGUGGAGAAGCCCAUCAUCCGCGCAGUUUCGGGACUGCAGUCGCCGACCAGUGCGCCUUCGUCGCCACCGUCAGCCUCUGCGCCUUCGUCCCCUGUGCUCUCGCGUGCUGCCGCGUCUCCAUCGCCGCAGCCAAUCAAAUCAACGGGCAGCUCGUCCUCCCUGACCUCGUCCGAGACGAUUGUGGCACCCAAGGCAACGGCUGUGGCCGCUCCCGCCUCUCCAAGCACGCCUCGGCGCCGCUCGUCGGGCGCAAAGGAGAAUCAGGUGAUUGAGCUGCAAGGCGCGACCAAGACUUCGCAAACUGCUGCGCUGUCGAGCUUGGCCGCCCUGAACAAGCCCGCCGGCACGCACGUGUUUUCCAGCACGACCGUCAAGACUCUGACCCUCUGCUCUGGAUGCCAUCUGCCGCUCAAGGGAUUCUACAAGCAAGGACUGCGAUGCAAGGUGUGCAACCUGUUCUGCCACAAGGGCUGUCAGCUGAGCAUGGCUGCAUGCAAGCCUCCAGCGUCCACCGAAUACAAGGAUUUGCUCGUUCCCGACGUGACCAUCUCCAGCACCGCCGAGCUCCAGCUGUACACCGACUUUAUGGCUGCCAAGAUCCAGGCAACCAAGCGCCCACCGUUUGCUCGUGCCAAGUACACCCACCAAGACGGCGUGUAUCACCGCGCUCUCUCCGAGUUCCACGCCAGCUUCCUCGGUCUCACAUCCGCCUCGUCGAACACGGCCACAGUUGUAAACACUGUCCGCAUGCUUCGGGCCUUCGAGCCGAUUAUCAGAGCAGUCACUGAGGGCGGUACGGGGGAUACAGACCAUCGUGCUCGUGUCGCGGACGCCAAGACCGUCGCCCUGAUUGGCAAUUGCAUGAACCGCUUCCGCGUUCUCCUCGUCGAGCUGGCCGCCGAAAUUUCGCAGUCGCGCAAGCGUGCCGAAAAGCUCGCGCAGGCUCCACCAGCAGCCGUCUCAUCGGCGCCCGGUGCGGCCGUCAGUGCUACUGCAGCUGUUGCCUCUCAUGACGGACCAGCCAAGACUGCUGACUCUGCAGCUCCAGCCCUCGCUGUGGCACCGGCCCCUGUCUCCAUUCCCAAAAUUGAGGUGGUCAAGGCGGCGGAACUCCCCAUCAAACCUUCUCCAGCCCCUUCGGCGUUGCCUCGUCGCGAGUCCGUCAAAGAAACCAAGCCCCGUAGCGGCUCGUCCGUGGCUGCCGCUCUCGCUACAAGUCUGGACGAUCGCAAGAAGCAGCUCUUGCUUCCUGGUCGCAGCAAGCCCAAUCGCAAGUUUGUCGAGCAAGGUGGACAUCGCUUCGCCGUCAACCACAACAUGCUUCGAGGCGGCACGUCCUGCGAGUACUGCAACCAGUCCAUCUGGGCGGUGGAGAAGGUUUACGUCUGUGAGGACUGCAAGUUCACCUGCCAUCCAAAGUGCGCUGUUCGCGUCGUGCUUCCUUGCUCCCGCUCGGCGAGCAACUCGUUCUCCGAGUCAUCGCGCCCCGCGUCGAUGCUCAGCCCGAGCACACGCUCCUCCAUGGUUGGACCCAGCACUCCUGGCGUAGUCUUUGGCGCCAGUCUGGAGGCACAGUUGGCGUCGUCCUCGCUGGAUGUUCCAGCCGUUGUAGAAGCGUGCGUCAUGGCUCUUGAACGCAAGGGUCUCUUCACCGACGGCUUGUACCGUGUCUCUGCCAGUGUCAACAUUAUUCGAGCUGUUCGAGCACAGUUGGAGAAAGAACCACAUCGCACCGAGGAAAUCAUUGAAGCUGCCGACGUUCAUGUCGUUGCAGGCCUGCUCAAGAUGUGGCUGCGUGAAUUGCCCGAGCCUCUAUUGACGUUCGACCUUUACGACGACUUUUUGCGCUUGACCGAAAUCACAAGCCCGAACGAGCAACAGUCGGCCCUUUUGAACAACGUCGGCCGUCUCCCGCAAGAAAACUACAACACAUUCGAGCUGCUUGUGUUCCACCUUGCUCGAUUGGCACAACAUGUGAGCUACAACCGCAUGACGACGGGAAAUCUGGGUAUUGUGUUUGGCCCUACGCUUCUGCGACCUCCGUCGCACGUCUCGGUGGUGGACAGCCUGGCUGAUGUCUCCAAGCAGUCCAAAGCGAUCGAGAUGAUUGUCGAGUACCAGGUGCACAAGCUGCAAAAGAUUUAUGCAGACCUCUCUGCUGUAGAAUCGGCAGUGCUGUUUGGUAUCGAGUCUCUCGACAAGCUGAACGCCAUCCAGGCCGAGCAGCAACAGAACAGUCGUCUGCGCGAUCUCGUCAAGGAGAUUUCGCGUCAGAUUGCAACGCUCGAGAACGAAAAGCUGCGCUUGACGGCCGAGCUUCGUGGCUUUCAGCCCUACGAACAGAGCGAGCUUUUGCGCAGGCCCGCAGCGAUCUGGGACAAGUACAUUGACAUGGCGACUGACUUGUCGUUGCCCGCCAUUUCUUCCCGCCUCGAUCACGCCGUCAAGCAGCGGCCCAAGGGUCCGGCGAACAAGAAGCCGCCGAAGAGCCGAAAUCCUGCCCAACGUAUCGCCGUUGCCGAUGGUACCGAAUGAGCGCAGCACGUUCGCCAUGUGCGCGUUUUGGUUUGUAAUGUUUGCGAGUUUUGUUUUUGUUGUUGUUGUUGUUUUCAUGAUUACUCUCUCUCUCUCUCGGUUACCCCAUUUUUGUAAAUUAAUGCACAAUUUUGAUCGUUGUAUACAA